AUGUCCCCUGCAUCGGCGGCUGCAACGGCCAGUGAGAGCAGCACCACCACUGUCCCCGAAGAGGAGCCGGACAGCCCCCGAGAGGAGCAGCGGCCCCAGAAACAGUCCCUGAUUAAAGCCCUGUGUCAGGAAACCCACUGGAAAUGCCUGCUGCUGUCCCUGCUGAUGUACAGCUGCAUUGGGGUUAUGGCCUGGUGCCAGGUGACCAAGGUUACACACCUCUCCUUCGACAGUGCUUACAAGGGAAAGUCUAUGAUGUACCACGACAGUCCCUGUUCCAAUGGCUACAUCUACAUCCCUCUGGCCUUCCUGGUCAUGCUCUACGUGGUGUACCUGGUGGAGUGUUGGCACUGCUACACCAGGAACGAACUGCAGUACAAAGUAGAUGUAGAUAGUGUGGCGGAGUGCAACCAGCGCAUGCGGCAGGCUACUCCCUGCAUCUGGUGGAAGGCCAUCAGCUACCACUAUGUCAGGAGGACACGGCAGGUGACCCGCUACCGUAAUGGGGAUGCUUACACCACAACGCAGGUGUACCAUGAGAGAGUCAACACUCAUGUGGCUGAGGCGGAGUUUGACUAUGGGAACUGUGGGGUUAAGGACAUCUCGAAGAACCUGCUGGGCCUGGAGGGCUUCCCUAUCACCAGGGUAAGGUUCACUAAGUGCUUUAGCUUUGCUAAUGUGGAGUCUGAAAACUCCUACCUGACCCAGCGGGCCAGGUUCUUUACAGAGAAUGAAGGCCAGGAUGACUACAUGGAGGCCCGUGAGGGGAUGCACCUGAAGAAUGUAGACUUUAAGGAAUAUAUGAUUGUCUUUUCUGAUCCUAAUCACCUUCCCUGGUAUGCAUCCAACACCACUUUCUGGGUGGCAGCUGCUUUCACCCUCUCCUGGCCUCUGCGGGUGCUGACAGAGUACCGCACUGCUUGUGUCCACUACCACGUGGAGAAGCUGUUUGGCUUCGACUAUGUUCCCGUAACUCCAUCUGAGGAGCGGCCUUAUUGCCGACACAUCCCACGAGUCAACACAAUCGACAGCACAGAGCUGGAGUGGCACAUCCGUUCUAACCAACAGCUGGUUCCCAGCUAUUCAGAGGCAGUUCUCAUGGACCUGGCCCAGCUCUCAGGGAGCUGUAAUAAUUACUCUGUAUGUGCUGGCUACAGCAGCUACAGGCAGAACUGUGAACGAUGCCACCGUGCUAUCAGCAGCUCCUCCAUCUUCUCUCGCAGCGCCCUCAGCAUCUGCAACACAGGGAGCCCCCGCAUCCCCUUCAGCGCCAGUCGCUUCUCUCUAGGUCGGCUGUACGGCUCCAGGCGGAGCUGCCUGUGGAGGAGCAGCGGGAGCCUUAAUGAGCCCUCCUGCCCAACAGAGAGCACGCGCUGUCUGUCAGGCCAGCAGACCAGUGAGGAGGAACCUCCAGCCUACCAGGACGCGCUGUACUUCCCAGUGCUCAUUGUACAUCGCAACGAAGGCUGCCUCAACCACGACCAUCGCUCCCUGCACAGAAAUGGAUCCUGUGUAGAGACGUCUCUAUGA